AUGGAGACACGAACUAGCCACAGGUGGCUGCACGUCUCCAUCCUCAUUCUCUUACCACUUGUUCUUUCGUUAUUUGUCUAUCACUUUUCUUUCAACGUCAAUCACUUCUCCGCCGCACCCUAUGACUUUGGAUCACUAACUUCCUUUUUUCCUUUGGAGGACGGUCAUCCAGCGGGGAACGCCAGUACUCUCCUAGCCAGAGAAGACGAUCCUUAUGCUUGCAACGCAACGAAACCCUGCUCCAACGGCGCUUGCUGUGGAAAGUCCGGUGUAUGUGGAUUUGGUCCAACCUACUGUGGAAAGGGAUGCACGUCAAACUGCACUGCCAAGGCAGAAUGUGGCAGAUACGCGAACAAGGGCGAUGAAAAGUGCCCUCUCAAUGUGUGCUGCAGCGAGUUUGGCUUUUGCGGUACUACCAAAGACUUUUGUACUGGCAAAUGCCAGAGUAACUGCGGUACACCCAGUGUCCCCGCAGGAAAAAGCACUCGUCCAGUCCGUGAAAAGGUCAUCGCAUACUAUGAAGCUUGGAGCGCUAGGAGAAAAUGCCACAGCUUCCAACCCUCCCAGAUCCCCAUCAAAUCGGUUACUCACGUCAACUUUGCUUUUGCCUAUAUCGAUCCCGAGACCUUCCAGAUCACAACAAUGGACUCUCAAACACCAGAGAGCCUUUUUUCAACCAUCACGUCUAUCAAGUCUAUGAAGUCUGGCCUCGGUGACCCCGUUGAGGUUUGGGUUGCCAUUGGUGGUUGGACGUUUUCCAAUAACCACACAGAUACACAGCCUGUCUUUACUGAUAUUUCGAAGAAUAAGGAAAAUCGUCAGAAGUUCGCCAACAAUGCGGUUUCUUUCAUGAUGACCUAUGGUUUUGAUGGUAUUGACAUUGACUGGGAAUACCCUGGCGCCACUGAUCGAGGAGGCAAGAAAGAACAAGACACGAAAAGCUUCGUCCAGCUCAUUAAGACCUUACGAAAGACCUUUGACGAUAGUCCACGAGGCGGAUACGGUCUGUCAUUUACCAUUCCUUCAAGCUACUGGUACCUUCGCUGGUUCGACGUGCCUGCCAUGCUGAAAGCUGGAGCAUCGUGGGUGAACUUGAUGUCGUAUGACUUGCAUGGUGUAUGGGAUGAGAAUAGUGUUAUUGGAAGUCAGGUCCAGGCACACACUAAUCUCACAGAAAUCAAGCAGAGCGUUGAGCUCCUGUGGCGCAACAACGUCCCUCCUGGAAAGGUCAUCCUCGGAACUGGCUUCUACGGUCGUUCAUUCCAGCUAUCAAACCCAUCUUGCAACACGCCCGGAUGUAAGUUUGCGGGUGCUGCAGACAAAGGCCCGUGUACGAACGAGGGGGGCAUCCUUGGCUAUUUUGAAAUCCAAGACAUCCUGGCGAAACACAAGGUCAACAAGAUCCAUGACAAAGAAGCCGCAGUCAACUACUUCACUUACAACAAGGACCAGUGGGUCUCUUAUGAUGAUAAGACUACUUUCGAGCAAAAGGUCAAAUGGGCCGACUCAAUCGGAUUGGGCGGUUUGAUGAUCUGGGCCGUUGACCUCGACGACAGUGACUUUACAGCGCUUUCUGGACUGAUUGGCAAGAGCGUUCAAAAGGGUGUGAACAAACUGCCGUCUAUUUCUGAACGAGACGGCAAAAGCUGGUCUUCAGAAACCGGCCAGGAUUGUUGGGUGACAGAUUGUGGCACCCACUGCCCUCUCACCGACGUCACCCUCAAAACGUAUGAUUCCACCUGCGGCAAGGAUGAGACAAGAAGCGUAUGCUGUCCCCGUGAUCGAGCACCUGAGGAAUGCACCUGGCGCGGUGGUGAGAGUGGAAACGCCUGUCACGGACAAUGUCAUGCAGGAGAGUUGAUCAUGACCUUUGAUCGCAACGGAGACAAAUGGUGCUCUUCCGGCGAGCAAGUUCUAUGCUGUACCUCUGACCGGUUCGAGGCUUUGCUUGAUGGCUGCGAGCUUGGUGACUGCGGUGGUGACUGUCCCUCUGGCACCCACAAUGUCGCCAAACAGACUUGUGGUGGAACAUUUUCUACAAAGAAGGCUCCCUGGUGUUGCAAGAAGAAACUUGAAAGCUGUCACUGGGUUGGCAAGGGCGGAUGCGACCAAAAUAACUGCGCCGGCAACGAUGUGAUGCUCUCUAGGAACAAACGAGGUGAUGGGAAAUGGGGAUGCAAUAUCGGCGGUCGACAGAAGAGUCUCUGCUGCAAUGCUCCAAGCGGCGUCCUGCCAUACACACCUGUACCUCUCGAGUCCAUUUUCCCAGAGGUUCCACCCGAGGAUUCCAGCGUCAAGUAUGAUCUGCAAGUUCUUGGAGGUUUCGCCGGUAGCGGUGCUGAGACUACGCACGAGAACAUCAACAACGAUCCAGCUUUUGCGCCGUUUGGCUUUGUUCUGAUCGCAGGGCCUAAAGAUGCGGUCUCCUCCAUCUCCAAGCGUGACGACUCUCACAUAGAGGUUGUCGACUGCUCUGGCAUCACCUUGUCAGGAAGUCAAUCUGUGCGGAUAUUCUGCUCAAACGACAGCAACGAGAGCAACUGUGACGAUAUGCUUGAGGGUGGACUGGAGGGGACGGUCCUUCGGAUGCCAGACAAUUGUGGUCCAGCGACAUACGUUAUUGCACAAUCUCUGAAAGUUUCAGAAGACCAAUCUCUUCCUGUUCACCUUGCCAAGAGAAAACCCGAUGACCGGGAGGUGCUAGACCUCAUAUUCCAUUACGACUUCAAGCGAGUCAAGCGGUCAGACGAGAAGAUCUACAUGCGAGUAGACUGGUCGAACGUUGCCGGUUAUUGGGACGAGAUCGUUGCGGCCAGUCCAGACGAGAACAGCAAGCGUUCCUUGGACCCUCGUCACCUUGGUCAACGGGGUCUUGACAAGCGCUUCUUCUCGGAUGAUAGCGCCGAGUGGUCAAGGAAGUUCGAGAAGUUACGAGACACACGUUUCUGGACUGAUUUCUCUUCGCCCGCGACAACAGUCCUUAUUAACGAUAAGGUCAAGUGUGAUGACGGCGGCUUCCUGCAGAUCGAAGCGAAGACCAAUAGCGAAGUCUACGCCAAGUUCGGGUUUACCAUGAUUGGCACGCUCUAUCCUUUCAACUUUGACAGUGUCUACGGUUUCCUCGACACCUGGUAUGACAUUGAUGUCGAAGUAAGCGUCACCGGCUUAUCAGGGCUGGACAUCAAUCAGCAACCGAAAACAGGAAAGGAUACAGAGAAACAGGACAUGGCGUACAUGCAACCUGGCCUCGUGAACCUGGUUCCCAACUUCAACAUCUAUUUCGGCCUUGAAGCCGAUGAUGCCGAAUUUACUGCGGACUUCAAAACCGAGUUCAGCAUCAAGUCAGAUCCAGACAGCAACAGAGGAUGGGUCCGACGUACCUUUCCUUCGACAGUUGGCAAGUCCUCGGGAGCAGCACUUCUGGACAGCACUCAUUUCCAAGGCGGACUCAAGACUACCAAGGGAUCUGCUGAGAUCUCAAUCAGGCCUCAGUUCAACAUUGGCCUGGAAGUCGAGGCCACUGGCGCGAGCGACUUGAAGCGAGACGUCGCUAACCUCGAACCUCGGCAAGGCGUCUCGGGCGCUAAGUACGACAUCUCACUCUACUUGCCAGUGGCACUCAUCCUCCAAGCCAAGGGUCUGUACAAGGAGAACAAGGGUCUCCAUUACGGCAUGUACGCGACUGCUGGCGAUGCAUUCGGCAACUGGGGUUCGGAGCCAACAAAUGGUGAACUGAUGGGUAAAGCCUCGAACCCUACUUUGGUUCACCGAGUAGACGAAAGCCCAAGAACACCAAGCUCUAUAGACUCAAGUGAGCAGGGACUGUUUAGUCCAAAGAGUCUCACUUGUCCCAAGGAGAGCAACACGUGCCCGGAUUUCGACUGUGACGUCGACCUUUGUGCCACAGGGGACUAUGGAUGCAACGAAGAGACCUUUAGCAGCCGGCCACGAUCUCAGGGUUCAGCAAGCCGCAAACGUUCACUCGAAAUUUCUAACAAGCGGUCACAGCAUGUCCACCUCCAUCAACGUCAUUCGAGAUCGCAUGUUCGCCAUGAGCCGGUUGACCUUGAAAACGUUGGCCACGGGUAUAUGGAACGGAAGGAGGAGAGCCAUACCCUGGACGAGCUCGACAACAGUGAUGCCCCUCCACAUCUCUUUCCGAGAAACAAGGAACGUGAUGGAGUGUGUCUGAACAAGGAGACCGGGAAAGAGAAGCGUGCAUCAUACCGUUCUCUUGAUUGGCCGAAAGGUGAAGACUUCCCAUAUGAUGACGAGCGCUGGGAAAAAGCCUACAAUACCGUCCCUCACAAGACGUGUACCGAAGGAAAGGUGUCCGAAGUUACAAUUGCAGAUGCCGAUGAUGUGACGAAAGGUGUAGACCCUGAAUACUGUGUCGAGCACAUCGUGGAGCUCCAAACUAUGGGUCUGUUCUUGAAGGACGUUCGAUUCAAUACCCUACCAGGUGGCAUAAAUUCGAACCUUCCGCAGAUAUAUUGCGACUUUAUUCUGUCUCUGAAGAAAGAGGUUCUUGACAACGUGCCGGAACUUGAAGGACUAGCCAAGGAGGAUAACUACGUGCCCAUGCACCGCAUCAUGUGGGCUCACGGGACUCCUGACAACCACAAGCGCUUUGUUUUUCUUCAAGCCGGAAUCAACGGGGUUAAAGCGAGUUACUGGGCAGGAACUCUUACCAGAAUAGCCGCAAAGAUGAUCGAAGCCGAGACGGACAAGGCAUUGAUGAAGAUUCGACAUACACUGAACGUAUUCUCUUAUCUUUCCAACACGAUCGUUAACACAAACUUUGCCGAGAUCUGCAACUCGAUCCGCACGGAGUUUGGCCGAGCAGAAGCAGCCUGGGUCAAAAAAGGUAACAAGGCCAGCGGUAUCGUUAGGUACUGGGAUGCUUGGAUUCGCAGCCACCAGAGGGCAAUGGCUGCCAGAGCCAUCGAGUUCAUCGACGAUCAGGUUGAUACCCUCGAGCAAUUCUGGUACGAGAAGUUGGUGUCGAAUGAUGAUUGCGACAGAAAGAGGGCUGCCGAUGUUUUGCAGAAGGUCUCGACGCUGAAACGCCAAAAGCCUCUGGUGGCCGUCGAUCUAAGCAGAUUGGACUAA